ACGCAAUCUCGGCCAAUCUUAUCAGGACCAGGACCCUGACCAAAAAAGAAAUCUGCCCCUCCACCACAUCAACAAAAUCGCUAUUCCCUCGUGUAUCCAGCACACCAGCAGGUUCAUCGACGACUAACUAACAUGGCUUCUCCCACGCACCUGCGCAUCCUCCCACUCGCUGAAUUCAAGCCCGCGGCUGCUUCGAGAGCUUGGGUCUCGAUCCCGAAUCCCAAUGGCUUGCCCCUCAUUGCAACCGCCACCUCCGAUAAGACGGUGCGCGUCUACUCCUUGCGGAACUUUGCUCUACACUCGACGCUUGAGGGGGGGCAUUUGCGGUCCGUACGAUCGGUGGCAUGGAAACCUACGGUCAAGAAUACGGGGACGUUGUGUCUUGCGACAGGGAGUUUCGACGCGACGAUGGGCAUUUGGAGGCGGCGGGAAGAGAGAUUCGCAGAUAACGAUGAUUCGGACAAUGAUGAUGAUUGGGAAUUUGCAAUUGUCCUGGAGGGUCAUGAUUCGGAGGUCAAGAACGUUGCAUACUCGCCCUCGGGGCAAUGGCUAGCGAGUUGCUCGAGGGACAAGAGUAUAUGGAUCUGGGAAGAGAUCGGGGAUGAGGGUGAUGAUGAGUUCGAGACUAUUGCAGUGCUGCAGGAGCACACAGCAGAUGUAAAGUGUGUUUCUUGGCGCAAGGAUGAUGGCAAUGGAGAGGUUCUGGCGAGCGGAUCUUACGAUGAUACGAUACGAUUUUUCAAGGGCGAUGACGAGGGAGAAUGGAGCUGCAUUGCUUUACUAGAAGGCCAUGAAGGCACUGUUUGGAGCUUGGAUUGGGAGCCGGAAUCUACUUCGACAGAAAAAGACUACAGCCCGGGAAUACCUCGCCUGAUAUCUUCUUCAGCGGACUGUACAAUCCGAGUCUGGACCAAAACAUGGGAAUGUACAGCCACGCUACCGAAAGCGCAUGACUUGCCAAUCUACUCUACGAGCUGGAGCAAGAAGAGUGGCCGAGUAGUGUCAACAGGAGGCGACGGAAAGAUAGUCAUCUACGAAGAAACAACCAAAGGCAGGACGAAGGUAGGCGGGGAGAUCGAGCGGGAGUGGGUCAUCGUGGGGAUUCUAGCAGGCGGCCAUGGACCUUAUGAAAUAAAUCAUGUCACAUGGUGCACGAGAUUUGAUUCCGCGAAGGCAGAGGAUGGAGAGGAGAUGAUCGUAACAACAGGCGACGAUGGCGUUGUGCGGGCGUGGGCUAUUGAAGCCCUGAAGCCAGAGCCCACCGUUCCAUUUACGGAAGGAGGUCCUGCAUCAUGA